AAACAUUAAAUGACAAGUGAACUAAAUUCUUGUUAAGUUAACAAAUUUAUUUUACUUGCAUCCAAUUACAAUAUUACAUAAUACAUAGUGUUGAGUUGCAUAUUCAAAUGUAAAGUGAUUUAUAAAACUAAAUAAACCUUAAAACCUCCCAAAAACUAAAAGCCAAACCAAGCUUAAAGCAAAGAUUAAGUCCAACAAAGUGGGGUCCAAACACAAUCUACCAUUGAAAAGCAUCCACAUGUCAAAUGUUCUCCAUGGAUGGUUGAGAUCAUAUCCUUUACCUCGACCAAUCUAAUCCAUUGAAUCUUAUCUCUUCCUUCAUUACAACCCCUCAUUCUUAUCGAUAAACAACGGUUUAUAAUCUUCCACGUUUCUUCUUACAUCAAAUUUUUUCACCUUUUCUUCUCCUUUUUUUAUUUAGUCCUUCUAUCAUCGAAUUUCUAAUCCAAUGAAUAAACAACAAAUACUCCAAUAACCCAAAUCUUUCCUGCUUCUUUCUCUCUCCUCCUUCCCCCUUCUUCUCUGAUUCUUCUCCCAAAUUUCUUUUCCGAUUAUUUAUCCGAUUUUCUUGGAUUAUUGUAAGAAUUCAUUACACAUAAUUUUUCAAUUUCUCUUGCAAAUUUUGUGAACUCAAUGGUCAAGUUUCUUUUUGAGGUCGGAGAAAUAUUUUUGCAGAUCGAAACAUUUUACUGUGUUUGAUUCUUUGGGUAAAGAAGAGUAGGUAAUCAGAGGAAAAAAUUGUUAAAUUUAAAAGAAGAAUCAAAUAAGUUAUUCAGAUAAAAAAUGGCGGACUCGGACAAUGAUUCAGGAGGAAAAUCAAACGAUCACGGUUUCCACCAUGGAAAUUCACUGACCUCAUCAUCACCACGAGAACAAGAUCGAUUUCUACCAAUCGCAAACGUGAGUCGCAUAAUGAAAAAGGCUCUACCAGCAAACGCAAAAAUCUCAAAAGACGCAAAAGAAACUGUUCAAGAAUGCGUUUCGGAGUUCAUAAGUUUCAUAACAGGAGAAGCUAGUGAUAAAUGUCAAAGAGAAAAGAGGAAAACCAUCAAUGGCGACGAUCUUCUAUGGGCGAUGACUACACUAGGGUUUGAAGAAUAUGUUGAUCCGCUAAAGGUUUAUUUACAUCGGUUCAGGGAAUUAGAAGGUGAAAAAACCGGGACUGGUAUGCCGGUUCAAGGGAAUAAUAGUGGGGGUGGUGGUAGUAGUAAUAAUAAUGGGGGAAAUGGUGGGGGUGUUUUUGGAAUUGGACAUGUGAUUGGUCAAGGUGGACACGUGUAUGGAUAUGGUGGUGGUAGUGGUAGUGGGGGUAAUAGGGGGAUUUAGAGGUGGGCCCUUGUUGAGGUAAUGGUGGGGUUUACCUUUAAAUUUUUUUUUAAUAUUGUGGGUCCCAAUUAUAUUUUUUUAGCUUUUUUUUUUUUUAGAGUAUGUGGAAUUAGAGUUGAAAGCUGGAGGAGAUAUUAUUUAGAGUGGAUGCCUGAUGGUGGAGUAGUAAGGACUACUAAGAACUAAGAAGAAUAUGGUUGAUUAAUUCUGGUCAUGUCUUGUAUUAGCUUUGGACUUUUAGUGUACAUCACUAUAUAUCAACUAUCAUUGUAAUAUUGUAACUUUGUAUUGACUUCUAAAGGAUAUUCAAAAGACUCGAUCAAAUUUUAAUUUAAUUCAAGAUAUGUAAUUAUGUUAUUUUCA